UGAAUAUUUUGAACAAUAACAAAUACAGUUUAGUUCAGAAAUGGUAGAUCAAAACAAUCAUCAUCACGUAUUCAUAUUUUAUUUCGAUAAGAUCUGGCAGCAUAAUAAUUUGUUUUUGUGAUUAAUUUCGUAGCCGUGUUAUAUUUGAGAUACUUCGUCAUCAUCUUCUAAAAAUAUUAGCAAUUAACAAAAUGUUUACCUUGUGGACACUUGUGGAAGCAUCUUUGUUGUGCUUAAAUGCCGUAUGUGUUUUACAUGAAGAACGCUUUUUGGCAAAAUUCGGCUGGGGUGCUCAACAAGCUAAUAUGCAGGAGUUUGGACAACCAACGGCGAAGGCGCAGAUCUUGAAUCUUAUACGAUCCAUACGGACUGUUGCUAAAAUUCCACUGAUAUUUCUAAAUGUGCUUGCUAUAAUAAUAAAACUGAUAUUUGGUUAAUAAAUUGAAUUUUUGUUUUACAAA